UUAAUGUGAACGCGUAAAAUGUUCCAAAUGCUCUACACAUAUUACAAUUUCAUUGUAACGUGGAAUACCCGAUUGUUCGUUGAACGUUGAGCUACGCGCGUGUGGUGUUUUUAGUGGCGGAUGACUCGGUUUCGCGUGAAUAAUUUGUGAUUACAAGAUGCGGUGCAGACGAUGAGCGACGAGACUCCGGGGGCAGGGCAGGGUGCUCUGCCCCCGAGGGAGGGCCAGGGUCCGGCUAGGACCUCGGCAGAGCGCCCUACAAUGAGACUGACGCAGGUCGGGCCCCAAUACGUGAUCCACACGCAGCACCACGGGGUCCCUGCCCUCGCACAGAUAACGUCGGGCACACCACUAUCAGGCACCCGUAUCAUAAGCAUAAGUCCGUCUAGAGUGAACCAGACGUCACCCCUGCGGCCCAGCGAGGCGCACCAGUCGAUCGUAAAUGUGCUCAAGCGGCCCCAGACGUCCAACAUCCGGCUGCAGCUGUUCACCGGCGACGGUGGCGGCUCCACCACCACCACAACCACCACCACCUCCACCCCGCAGCCGUCGCGUCCGGUCAAACGGCCGCUGCCUGCGCCGACGGAGAAGAAGAAAGAGGACACGUCCAUCUCGUCCCUGGAACGGGUUAUGAACCACCGUCUGGUGCGUUCCAAGCUGGUCAAGGAGAAGUACAACGAGCACACACUCGAGUCGUUCUAUCUGGAAACCGGCGGCAACAUCCUCGACCUGUACCAGUACGCGAAGCGGCCCCGCAGCCAGGCCUACAUCAGCUACGUGAAGGAGCACGCCAUCGAACCGACGACGACGACGACGACGAAGGAACGCGACGAUGCCGUGCCGACUGCCACGCCGGUCAACUCGCUACCUGGCACGCACGCCACCUACACGUCCACGCCCAGUGCGCAUGACCAACCCAAAACCACCACCACCACCGCCACCACGACAAAGAACAAGCAACCCCUGAACCACACCCAGCCCAGCAACCAGGAGCAGAUCGUGGAGAAGGCCAAGCAGGAGGCGUACGUGAUGCAACGCAUCGCCGACCUGCAGCGCGAGGGCCUCUGGACCGAGAAGCGACUGCCCAAGGUGCAGGACAUGCCCCGCUCGAAGGCCCACUGGGACUUCCUGCUCGAGGAGAUGGUGUGGCUGGCCGCCGAUUUCGCGCAGGAGCGCAAGUGGAAGAAGGCGGCGGCGAAGAAGUGCUCGCGCAUGGUGCAGAAGUACUUCCAGGACAAGGCGCUGGCGGCGCAGCGGGCGGAGAAGGCGCACGAGCAGAACCUGCGGCGCAUCGCGUCCUUCUGCGCCAAGGAGAUCAAGAACUUUUGGAGCAACGUGGAGAAGCUGGUGGAGUACAAGCAGAACACGAUACUGGAGGAGAAGCGCAAGAAGGCGCUGGACCAGCAGCUGAGCUUCAUCGUCGACCAGACGGAGAAGUACUCGCAGCUGCUGGCCGAGGGCAUGAACAAGCCGGCCGACGUGCCGCCGUCCAGCAGCAAGUCGUCGAGGUCGGUGUCGCGGGCGCAGAGCGACGACGAGUUCGAGCCGGAGACGCAGAGCGACGAGGACGACGAGGAGACGAUAGCGCAGGAGGAGGCGGCCGUCGAGCACGGCGAACAGUCGGAGGAGAUUGCGGCGCUGCAGCGCGAGUCGCAGAUGGAGCUGGACGAUUUGCUCGAGGACGAUUUACUGAGGCAGUAUUUGCUGAAUCGCGACAACAUACGGCUGAGCGAGUCCGACGAUUCGGACUCGGAGAGGGUGUCGAAGAAGAGCAGGUGCGACGAGGACGAUGACAGCAAAUCGGUGUCGGAGACUUCGGAGUCGUUCAAGGACGAGGAUGAUGAGAAAGUUGACGACGACGAGGAAUUAAGCGACGCCGAACCGGAACCACCGUCCGGCACCAAAACGGCGGACGCCGGCGGCGAGCACGACGAGCUGAAGAUGCUCGUGGAAGAUAAUAACGAGGGAGAAACAACAAAGACUGACAAAAACGACGACCUGAUCAACGACGCGGCCGCGAUCGCCGAGAGCAUCCAGCCGAAGGGCAACACUCUGUCUUCCACGAGUGUCUCGACGAAGGUGCCGUUCCUGCUCAAGUAUCCGCUGCGCGAGUACCAGCACAUCGGCUUAGACUGGCUGGUGACCAUGUUCGACCGCAAGCUGAACGGCAUACUGGCCGACGAGAUGGGCCUGGGCAAGACCAUACAAACGAUAGCGCUGCUGGGCCAUUUGGCGUGCGAGAAGGAGAACUGGGGGCCGCAUCUGAUAGUCGUGCCCACGUCGGUGAUGCUCAACUGGGAGAUGGAGUGCAAGAAGUGGUGUCCGGCGUUCAAGAUCCUGACCUACUACGGGUCGCAGAAGGAGCGGAAGCUGAAGAGGACCGGCUGGACCAAGCCGAAUGCGUUUCACAUUUGCAUCACGUCCUACAAGCUGGUUAUACAGGAUCAUCAGAGCUUCAGGCGGAAAAAGUGGAAGUAUCUGAUACUGGACGAGGCGCAGAAUAUUAAGAACUUCAAGUCGCAGAGGUGGCAACUUCUGUUGAACUUCCAGACGCAACAGCGAUUGUUACUAACCGGCACACCAUUGCAAAACAACUUGAUGGAACUGUGGUCGCUGAUGCAUUUCCUAAUGCCGAAUGUGUUCCAAUCACACCGGGAGUUCAAGGAGUGGUUUUCGAAUCCUGUAACCGGGAUGAUCGAGGGCAACUCCGAAUAUAACGAGAGCAUCAUCAAGAGGCUGCACAAGGUAUUGCGUCCGUUUUUGCUGCGCCGACUGAAAUCCGAAGUGGAGAAGCAAAUGCCAAAGAAAUACGAGCACGUCGUGAUGUGCCGAUUGUCCAAACGUCAGCGUUACUUGUACGACGAUUACAUGUCCAGGGCAAAGACACGGGAGACGUUAGCGAGUGGUAAUUUAUUGAGCGUUAUCAACGUACUGAUGCAACUGAGGAAAGUCUGUAAUCAUCCCAACUUGUUCGAAGUCAGACCCACCAUUUCGCCGUUCCAAUGCGACAGUAUUACGUUGCAUAUACCGUCGUUAAUUUAUGAUGCUUUGGGCUACAACGUCUGGGAGCACGUCAACCUGUACUCGAUGAAUCUCCUGCUGAUAAUGUACGAGAUCCACCUGAGCGCCUACCAGUGCUACCGCAUGCUCAACCUGCGCACCCCGAAGCGGCUGCUGGAAGUCGGCACCCAACCGCAGCCUCCCAUGCCGACGGGCAAGAUGAACAUGCGCGUGGUGAAGGUGGCCGAGAACGGCCAUCUGAAGCCGCCGGAGAAGAAGGAGCUGCCGAAGGCGGUGCUUCAAGGUGUGAAGGUGAAAGUUGGAUCUCAAUUCGGUGUUCCUCUGGUCUCGCAACAGGGUGUUGUCAAAGCAAUCUCGGUGAUGAACUUCGCCCAGCCCUCCGGCAGCCAAGUCCAGACGGCCUCCGUGCUGAAACCCACGGAGAACAUGCGUGCCAACUUCGCACAAAUCGUCCAAACGUCGACCGGCAAACAUCUGCUGUUGACGGCCAAUCCCAACCUAACGGGCAACAUACCGGUGACGACGACGCAGGGCGGCCAAAAACUGACGUUACUGUCGAAGCAGGCGGUGGCCACCACGGGCAACGCCCAACCUAAGACCUAUUACAAGUUCCACAUUACGUCGGUGGGGACCACCACGACUACCUCGACCGUCACGUCGGCGGCGCAGAACGCCGCACCCCCUAAAGACAAGGAGAAGGAGAAGGACGAGGAGAUGGUGCCGCCGCCACCGCCUCCCCCGCCCAAGACCGUGGGCGCCAAGUUCAUUGAGCAGUUGUACCAGAAACAAAACAGCCUGGACGUCCGAUGGGGCACGGAGGAGAAGCACAUACCCAUACCCGGUGAGAACGACCCGGACGCCGAACGUCUGCGACGCUUCGAAAUAAUGGCGCGCAUAAACGAGUGGCGGUGCACCACGCUGCCGUUGUACGGCCGCGACUUUCAGGACUGCGUCAAACUGCGGACGCCCUGCGCCAAGGACACGUGGGUCAGCGGUCGCGUGCACUGUCUGAACACGCUGUUCGGCGAUUCCAAGUCGGACACGACACACUGUCUGAGCGACAUGCUGAAGACGCCCGAACAACGGAUUGAACAGCUCAAGGAUGUUUCCGAUAGGUUCAUUUUCUACGUGCCAGCUGUACGAUCGACGGAACCGGAACUGCAAGUGUGGCACCCUCCGCCCAGCAAGUACUGGGGCCAGAAGGAGAACCUGCGCCUGAUCCAGCGGGUGUUCUCCAAACCAGCGACGCCGUUGCACCACAUCGCCUCGGCCAUGAUCACGCAGUUCCCCGAUCCCCGUCUCAUACAGUACGACUGCGGCAAACUCCAGACGCUGGACAAGCUGCUGAGGAAGCUGAAAUACGAGGGGCACAGGGUGUUGAUAUUCACGCAGAUGACCAAAAUGUUGGACGUGCUGGAGGCGUUCUUGAAUUUCCACGGGCACAUUUACUUGCGGCUCGAUGGUACCACCAAAGUUGACCAAAGACAAGUCCUGAUGGAACGAUUCAACGGUGACAAGAGGAUUUUCGCGUUUAUAUUGUCCACGCGUUCCGGUGGUGUGGGUGUGAACCUCACCGGGGCGGACACUGUGAUAUUUUACGAUUCCGAUUGGAAUCCGACAAUGGACGCGCAGGCGCAAGAUCGUUGCCACCGAAUCGGACAGACUAGAGACGUGCACAUCUACAGGCUGGUGAGUGAAAGGACGAUCGAAGAGAACAUCCUAAAGAAGGCGAAUCAGAAACGACUGCUGGGCGACCUGGCCAUUGAAGGGGGCAAUUUUACAACCGCAUACUUCAAGAGCUCCACGAUCCAAGACUUGUUCAACAUCGACCAGAGCGAGGAGAGCGCCGCCAACAGGAUGUCGGAGGUGUUGGACAGGGACCGGGAGAGAAGGGCCUCUCUGGAACCGUCGGCCGGCGGCGACGAGAAAGCCGCGAUCGGCGCGUUGGAGAGCGCGCUCGCCGCCGCCGAGGACGACCAGGACGUGCAGGCGGCGCGCACGGCCAAAGCGGAGGCAGUGGCCGAUCUCGCCGAGUUCGACGAGAACAUACCGCUCGACGAUCAGGAGAGGGAGCCCGAAAUGAGCAAGGCGGAACAGGAGAUCGACAACGUCAUCAAGAAGCUGUCACCCAUCGAAAGGUACGCCAUGAAGUUCAUCGAGGAGACCGAGUCCGCGUGGUCGGCCGAACAACUGGCUGCGGCCGCCCGCGAAAUCGAAGACCAGAAACGCGAAUGGGAACAGAACCGUCUCGCCGCCAUGAGGGAGGAGGAGGAGCGUCGGGCCCGCGAACUGGACGAGGACGCCGACAUGUUGACGUACACGCGCGAGGACGCCACCAAUCAGAUUUGGUUAUCUGAUAACACGGGAGAGAAGAUGCCGAUGUGGUGCCCCCCGACCCCGCCUCAACAGGACUCGGACAUCUUCAUCGACCAAACGAUGGCCUUCCUCUACGGCAUGGACGUGAUGGACGAGCUGCAGCUGCCGCCCAUCUACGUCAAGAAGGACACCACGAACAAGCGCACGCACUCGGAGGCGGGCCUCUCCGACGGCCGUCGUCCGCUCAAGAUACCGCGCAAGGAGGACGCCACCAACGCCCCCAAGUCCCUCUUCCACUCGGCCGCCGUCAUGAAGCUGCGCCGCGACCUCAAGAUGCAGAAGUUCCGCGUGGUCCGACCGCCGUCGGUGCCCGGCAAGCCGAACCUGCGCCCGAUGGAGCAGAGCGCCUGCCACGAGUGGACCAUCCACGAGGACAUGGCGCUGCUCAAGGUGAUACAGUCGUUCCAGGGGCUGCCGCUGAACUUGUUCGUGGCGUCGCCCGGCCACACCGCCAACUGGGACUUCGUCGCCGACUACGUGAACACCGUGUCCAUCACGUACCGGUCGGCCAAGCAGUGCCGCAUCAGGUACGAGACGGUGCUGAUGCAACGCGAGGAGGGCAAGCAGCAGAUAUUCGACAACGUGCUGCGCAAGAAGAAGAAGGCGGGACCGGGCGGCAGCGGGUUGCAGAAGUUCGCGCCCAAGUCGAACAGGCCGAUGCGCACGUCGCAGCUGUACACGCAGGACAACAAUUCGACGUUCUCGCAGGUGCUGGUCGAAAGGUUCGACGUGCUGAAGAUCAUCACCAAUAAGAGGACGGUGCCGGCCAAGGUGCAGACGUCGAUCGCCCUCAAGAACAACAAGCACACGAGCGUGCUGAACGAGUGCGGCAUCGACAUAGAUCAUCCCAUUUUGCCGGUCGAGGUCGCCGCACGCAGAGCCGAAAGGAUCGCCAAGGAAAAGAAAGUGCUCACGUCCGAGCAACGUUUGCAGUACAUGAAGAGCGUGGGCGCGGCCGGCGCCUCCGUCCAGACUCCCAACGCGUCCCAAACGACGGCGGCGGCCGUCGCUUCGCAGUCGUCGCAACAGCCCUCCGGUUCCGGCACGGCGGUCGCCACCCCGGCCCAGGCCGCCGUUCAGGUGCAGUCCAACCAAGCGGCGGUCGCAGUAAGCGCCGCCGCCGCCGCCGCCGCCACCACCACGGUGAACGCCGCUCCCUCCACACCUCCGACAGGAAUCGCCCGGGCAUCGCGCAUAAUCGCCUCGCCCCUGCAAACCCCGACGGUUGUUUCGGUCGCCCUGACCGGCAUGAGUCCGGCACAGCUUCAGGCCGCCGGCCGUUUGAUCGUGUCGACCGGCGCGGGCGGACAGGCGAAGGCCGUGGUGGCCGGCGCCGGCACGGCCGCCCAGUCCGUGCAGGGUAAACAGUUCACGGCGCCGCAGCUGAUGAUCAAGGCGGCCACGAAGAACCAGUUGAGGUUGCACGCCGCCGCCUCGCAGGCGGGCGUCAAGACGUCGACGGUCACCAUUGGCGGACAGCCGGCCGUCGUACAGUUCACGCAGGCCCAAACCAGGACUGCGCAGUUCGUCCGGCAAGCGGCGGUGGGUAAGAGGACGGUUAUGAGCGAGAGCGAGAUGGCCCAACUACUGCAGAAACGCAGCCAGCUGCAGCAGCAAAAGUUGGCGCAGCAGGCGGCCGCGGCAGCCGGCGGCAGUGCGGCGUCGGCGGGCGGUGCGCAACAGCUCGCUGUCUCCGGAACGGUUCAGGGACUGUCGGGACAGGUGUUCGCCCAGACGAUCCAACAGGCCGGAUCGUCGGGCACGCCCAUCGCCACCCUCGUCAAGGCGGUCUCGACCGCGGGAGGCACUCAAACUGUUACGAUCCCCGUGACGGGCGUCACCCUCGGCACGCCGGGCAAAAACAUAACGCCCACCCUCAAGAUGACCAACAACCAGCAGUUCAAGCACCUGCAGAUGCAACAGCUGAUCCAGAACAAGCGACUCAACCCGCAGAAGCUGAACAUCGCCCAGGUGGGCGGCAAAAACAACGUCCAGACCCAACUGAUCGUCGGCUCCAAACCGUUGCCGACCACCAUGCACUACAUACGCUCCCCCGUCGGCGUUUCCCAGGGCUCGGUCGUCCUGGCCAAGGGCACGCCACGCGUCAUCCCGGUGAACACCGGCCAGGGCACCAAACAGCAAACGAUUCAGGUGGUGACCGCUACGUCGCAGGGUCUGGGCUCGGCGCUGAGGCCGCAGGGCUCGUCGACGCUGGCCAACGCGCUGACCAGCAUCAAGGUGCAGCCGAGCAACUCGCAGGCGGCCAUACUGUCGCAGGUGACGGCCGCGCUGCAGAACCAGGCGGUGGGCGUGCGCCAGGGCAGCCCGGUGCGCAUCCAGACCGCGGCCGGUUCGCCGAUCGUGGCGGUCAACGUGCAGCAGGCCGGCGGCGUGGUGCAGCAGCAGCAGCAGCCGAACGCGCCGAACGUCGUCACGACGACGGCCGAACAAGUAAGUAGGUAUUUGAAGAAGUGAACGGACGCGCACGAUUGACGGCGAUUGGAAUGUGGUGUCGGUCGUGUUCUAUCCUGCGUACAGGUUUAGUUGUAAUUGUGUUGGGGGAUGCGCAUAUGUACAAAUUUUACGACGAACUGGUCCGGUGCGCCUUUAAGGUGGAGUUUGUAUAUAUGACAGUGAACCUGGAAAACGGUUUUAUAUUAUUUUAUUUAAUUUUAGCUAACCACAAUCUGUCUGUAUAACUCUAUACAUUUUAUUUUUGUAAUGUACGACAUUGGUCAACCAUUCUAUUAGCUUGAAUUUGUGUAAAUACGUAAAAUAAUGCGACGUGAGUUCUUGCAUAAAUUUGAAAUGUUUUUUAGUUUCAAAACAAAUUGUGCUGUGAUACUAAAAACAAUAUUUUAUAAUUACAUAUUUUUCUCAAAGUAUUACUAGUAAAUUUUCAGCAUUCGGGUUCUUUUUCUGUGUUGUUGUAUCUGAUAUAAAUAAAUCAUUGAUGUUGUUACAAAGAAAUUGUAAUUUUUUAAAUAAAUGUACAUAGUUUGUAUAAAACCCUUGUAAUAGUUUUUAGUUUGGAAAAUAAAUUAUAAUUUUUUCAUA